GUCACUGGACAUUGGAGCUGACGAUGAAAUCAUUAAAUAUACCAGUUGGCUACAUUUACCCUGCUUUUGUUUUUGGGACCCUUACAUAUGUAAUUAUUCUGUUUUGUAAUAUAUUAGUGAUAACAACAAUUGUCUUCACAAAGAGUUUGCAUUCACCGAUGUUCAUCUUGCUGUUAAACCUGCCUAUACUGGACGUAAUGGGAGCCACUGCUCUUUUCCCUCAGCUGUUACACAGUAUAGUGUCAAAUGACCGCUCUAUUUCCUACCCUGGGUGUUUUCUCCAGGCUCUGUUGAUUCACAUCUAUGGUUCAGGGAACUUCCUAUUCUUAACUGCCAUGGCCUACGACCGAUAUAUUGCUAUAUGCUUGCCUCUUAGGUACCACUCUCUGAUGACGUCAAAUAUUUUGAUAAGAAUCAUCGUAGUUGUUUGGUUAUUUGACAUCUUAAUUAUAGUAGUGCUGCUGGGUAUUUCUACACGGUUCAAAUUAUGUAAGAAUUAUAUAUUAGAUGUAUUCUGCAACAACCCCUCUUUAGUGAAACUAGUUUGCGAAGACAGCAGCGUCAAUAGAAACUAUGGUGUAUUCACUAUCAUAUUAGUCCAAGGUGGAUCACUGUUCUUAGUGAUAUUCACAUACAUCCAGAUAUUGUUGACUUGUAUGAAGACUAAGCAGUCAGAUGCGAGAGGAAAAGCUCUCCAAACAUGUGGAACACAUCUGGUGGUUUUUUUAUUCUUUCAUUUAAUUUGUAUCAUCGCUACAAUGUCUCACAGAUUUGACAUUUUGUCCCCAAACCUGAGACAGGCCCUGGGUGCAUCAGCUAUUGUGUUUCCCCCAGUACUCAAUCCACUUAUAUAUGGGUUAAACACAAAAGAACUUCAGAAAAACAUGAUUAAAAUCAUUAAAAGAACAAGCAACGACCUCUCCUGGACCACCAACACUGCAUCACUGGCGAAGAAAUCCCAUCAGCGCCUCUACUUCCUCCGAAAAUUUAAGCAAGCACGAGCCCCCCCAUCAAUCUUGUGCACAUUCUACCGAGGCACCAUUGAGAGCAUCCUGUUUAGCUGCAUCACCGUGUGGGGCGGGAGCUGCGCUGAAUACAGCAGGAAAGCCCUGCAGCGCGUGGUUAACACAGCUGCAAAGAUCAUCGGUGCCCCACUCCCCUCCGUGCAACACACAUACAGCACUCGCCUCACCCGCAAAGCGACCAGGAUUGUGAGCGAGGCCAGCCAUCCCGCUCACAGUCUGUUCACCCUCCUGCCCUCUGGAAGAAGGUAUCGGAGCCUGCAUGCCCGCACCACCAGACUCAAAAACAGCUUCAUCCACCAGGCUGUCAGGAAACUAAAUUCUCUCCCCUCUCUCCCCUCAGCCACAUCGGCAGGGCUGUCGGUGAGCUGA